AUGAGGCAGAAUAUCCUGCGGCUGUCCGCAGGCUUGAGCACGACAGCACGACCAUGGAGGCUCUUGCGGUGUCCUGCAAAACGUCAUUUCUCUGCUCAGAAAGAUGUCGGCGAGCCCUUACGGAUCCUCUUCUGCGGAUCCGACUUGUUCAGUUCAGCCUCGCUUGAAGCAUUAUACAGAUACUCAAGAACAGCUGAAAGCAAUGUCCUUUCGAUCGAUGUCGUGACGCGAACAGAUAAAAGGACAGGACGAGGCUUGAAAGUCUUGAAAUCUCCUCCCAUCAAGGCAACAGCGAUUGGCCUCGAACUCCCAAUCCAUCAAAUCGACACAUUCUCUGGAUGGAAUCCUCCUGAGUAUCGCCAGACCAACAAUCCAUGCAUCAAUCUGAUCAUUGCUGUUUCAUUUGGGCGGCUGAUACCACCUCACAUACUCAACCAGUCAACAUACAAUGGUCUCAACAUUCAUCCUUCUUUACUUCCAGAUCUACCCGGAGCUGCCCCUAUUCAAUGGACGAUCAUCCAUGGCCGUCCUACCACCGGAGUCACGCUACAGACUUUGCAUCCCUCGAAGUUUGAUCAGGGAUUCAUUCUCGAUCAGACACCAGCGCCUGGCCUCAAGAUCCCCAAUCCCGAGACUAUCACAACCAAGGAAUUGACCGACAUGCUAGCCCCUGUUGGUGCGGAAAUGCUCGUCAAUGCUAUUCGUAACCGUCUCUACAUGCCUCCGCAUAAGCCUGUUCAAUCUCGAGAGGACAAGUCGCCAGCUAUUAUGACAGCUCCCAAGAUAACUUCGCGAAUGCAAGCCAUUGAUUUCGCGACUCAGACACAAGCGGAGAUACUCAGGCGUAACCGUGCCAUUGGGCCACUAUUCAUUUUUGCGCAGCAUGACGAUGUUUCGGGUCGUUCAAUACGUAUCAAUUGUGGAAAAGACAUGAGAGCCGCCAGGGUUGGAGAUGUGCCCAAUGAAGUCAAGAAAAAGGUUGAAUCCAUCCCACCUGCCAUACCUUAUGCUAUCGUUGAAAAGCAUUCGGAUAUACAUCAAAGUACACGACCUCUCAUCGUCAACGCCUCUGGUCCCAACAUGGCCAACCACCAGAUUGUCCUACCAACAGUCACAUUUGCUUCGAUGAAGGCCGCUCCAGGUACUGCCGCAGCGGCACGUGCUGGACUGUUCAGGCCACCAGCAACAGUGGGAGAGCACCAAUUAUACUGCUUUUGGCACCCACUGAGUUCGACAAAUCUCGACGGCCCAUGA